AGUCAGAAUUGAUGGCUGGUGCACGAAGUCAGAGUUAAGAAAAGGCCGGCGCCGUAACGUGGUCGUGCACAUGGCGUUGCUACUCAGCCAUCGAUAAAUAAAAUAGGAAAAAUGUAUAGGGACAAAUUAACUCAUAAAUGCAGAAGCCACAGAAAAGCACCCAUUGAGGACUGAAACAUGGCAGCAAUGGCGGUCGAUUUCUGUCCUUUUCCAGUUGGAUUGGCACGUUUCUCGCUCCGUUUCGUGUUUGCACUCCUCUUUUCACUUUCUGUAGCCGGCUCCGCUCUCUGUUUCCCUUCCCGGAAAGAUCUCUUCUUUGAGUCGCCCAUUUCAACGCUACCAGAGCUAAGUAACGCAACCAUGGACAGUAAGAGGAGCAGCAAAUAUUUAGAGAAGAUUACUGAAGCUACUCAACUUAGAUACACAUUUAAGAUGCUAGAUGCCGACUUCUUCAAUGAUACUAAGGUGAUGGAGACUGCAGAGGGUGCGCUGGAGUUUAAUUUGCCUAUCAUAAAAUCUAACCGAAGAUUAGUGGCAUCUGAGAAUGGGGGACUACAUGGCCCAUCUUGUUUAGUUUUUAAUCCAGAGUGGACUCAGAAGCAUGUGGUCGAUGCAAGCAAAAGAUUUCAGCAUCCUGCUCUCUCUGGCAUCCUGAGGCCAAAAAGUGACGAAGAUAUUGCCUUCAUGAGUAUACUUGAAUUAGGAGAACUCAUUAGGACAAAACAAAUUACAUCUCAUGAGCUCGUGCAAAUCUUUCUGGAGAGAUUGAAGAGGUACGAUCCUGUUCUUGAAGCUGUGAUAACUUUUACUGAUGAAUUAGCUUAUAAGCAAGCAAGAGAAGUUGAUGAAUUGAUUGCCAAAGGAGUUUAUUUGGGUAUCUUACCUAUUUACUAUCAUCACAAUCUGAGAACUAGUGUCAUUUUCACCGUCAAAAUGAUUUUUUUUGAGGGCUUUGGAAAUUUUGAAAUAUUGCUUUUAACAGGACCUCUCCAUGGGAUUCCUUAUGGACUGAAGGAUAUUAUAGCAGUACCUGGAUACAAGACAACAUGGGGUUCAAGAAGUUUCAAAGAUCAAGUUCUUAACAUUGAAGCUUGGGUGUACAAGAGGUUUCAAACAUAUGUGAAAGUAUUUUUAUUGCAAUCAGAAUGCACAUUGAUUACAUUCUUUUUAUUUUACGCUAACUACAGGUUGAGGUCUGCAGGAGCAGUUCUUGUAGCAAAGCUUGUUUCUGGAUCACUGGCUUAUGAUGACAUCUGGUUUGGAGGUAGAACGAGAAACCCUUGGAACAUUGAGGAGUUUUCAACAGGUUCAUCGGCAGGGCCCGCUGCCGGCACCUCAGCUGUUUUGGCAACUAAGAAUUGGUUAUUCAAGAACAGGUAUGGUUCCGUUUGCAAUUGGUUCAGAAACAGCUGGCUCAAUCACAUUCCCUGCAUCUCGUUGUGGUGUGACGGCACUGCGUCCAACUUUUGGUGCCGUUGGUCGAACCGGUGUAAUGAGCAUAUCAGAAAGCAUGGUGAUAUCCUAAAUGAUUCUUUUCAUGGUACUUCUCCUUUCAUGGAUAGUGCACUGACUGUAGAAUCUCAAUCACAUUUGUUUAACAGGAUAAGCUUGGUGCUUUCUGCAGAAGCGCUGCAGAUUGUUCAGUCAUUCUUGAUGUUGUUCGGGGGAAGGAUCCAGAUGAUCUCUCAUCAAGAGACAUUGCUUUUGAUGAUCCAUUUUCCAUCGACAUUACGCAGCUUACGGUUGGAUAUAUGGAUGAUGCUGAAAUGGAGGUUGUUCAUGUGCUCAAGGCAAAAGGUGUUAAUAUGGUUCCUUUCAAAUUGAAUUACACUGUUGACUCUGUUUAAGGCAUAUUAAAUUUCACGAUGGACGUUGAAAUGUUGGCUCACUUUGAUGAGUGGCAACGCACUGGCCAGGAUAAUGUUUAUGAAGCUCAGGAUCAAUGGCCCACUGAGUUGCGUCGUUCACGUGUAAUUUCAGCAGUUGAUUAUGUGCAGGCACAAAGGGCACGGAGAAAAUUAAUUGAGGAAGUUAAAAACAGUUUCACAGUCGACGCAUUCAUUGGCAACGCAACUGACUGGGAAAAAGUUUGCUUGGGGAAUCUUGUAGGUCUGCCAGUAGUUGUUGUUCCAACUGGAUUUAAAAAUAUAUCUAAUCCACCUUCAAAGGAAAGUCGGAGGAGAACCACUAUGAACACUGGCAUUUAUGCUCGUCCUGACCAUGAUCACAUUGCUCUGGCAUUAGCAAUAGCUUACCAGUCAGUCACUGAUCACCAUAAGCAGCGCCCACCAAUAGACGAUCUUGGGCCAAAUGACAAGAUACCUGAUCCACCUAAAGUCGUUAUCCCUCCCAGAAGGUUGCAUCCAUAAAGUUUUCAAACCCCACAAUUUAUUGUAUUGUGAAGUUUACAUGAACUAAAGAAAACCUUAUCAAUUCCUAUACAUUGUUAUCUGCACAUACUUAAAACUUGGCUCAAAAUUAUCAGUAAAGGGUAUUUGAUUCCUUGUUA